AUGGGAGUGUUGUGGUUUUUGUUUGUGAUACUGGCAGCGGGGAAAGCCCUUGAGUUAACAAAUCAGCAGUAUCAUCAGAUGCCACAGCUGUUUCAGCUAGACGACUACGAGAAGUGCCUUGCGAAUCGACGUGGUGCCUACUGCCUCGGUAGCUUCGACCUUGCAGCAUCGCCUAAUAACAGCUUGUUUAAUGUCAUACAGAAAUUCUCUGAAGAACGCUACAGCUUCAAUCACACACGCAUCCACCGAGGCUACUGCGUUUCAUCAAGAUGUUCAGACGUCGACGAGGUAUCUUUAAACAGAAAGUUCGUGAAGUGCGUCAAAAACAUUAUCCGAAAAGAUUAUGGCUUAGAUGCAAAACUUUCAACCCUCGACUACUGCAAGACAAGUAAAACACCGCCAUCGAGACCAAUCGACGGUCUUGACAUAGCGUUCAUUUAUUUCUGCGGAGUUAUACUGUUAAUGAAUGUGAUUGGAACUAUUUACGACUUCGCACGCAACCCUGACCACGAACCUAACCGGUAUUUGUUAGCUUGGUCCUUAGCUAAGAGCUGGAAACUACUGACAAAUUCGUAUGAAAAUGGAGACCCUAGGCUUACAUCUUUUAAUCCUAUCAAUGGAAUGAAAGCCAUUUCUAUGUUUAACGUAAUUCUGGCACAUUCUUCCAUUGCAUUCCACAUGUCAUAUCUCCAAAAUCCUCAGUUCCUGGAGAAUAUAACUCGACAUCCGUUAACCACGCUGCUUCAUAACGGGUCUGUAAUCGUACAGACGUUCAUCAUGCUGUCAAGUUUUCUCCUCGCCUACAACCUGUUGAUUAACGGUGAGAAAGACCCAAAAAAGGGUCUUAACCUUCGCUCACUACCACGUCUCCUCUUUAAUCGUAUUGCAAGAAUUACGCCAUUGAAUGUUUUUAUGGUUGGCUUUACGGCAACUUGGUGGCGACACAUGAGCGAUGGCCCUCUAUGGAAACCAUUAGUGGAGGCGGAGUGUGCACGCUGCAGGGAUAAGUGGUGGGCGCAUUUCCUGUAUAUCAACAACUUUAUUGAACCAGAUAAAAAGUGCCUGAUACAGACAUGGUUUCUCGCGGUGGACAUGCAACUUUAUGUAUUGGCGGGCUUUCUGACUCUCGCCUUGGGCCGGUCACCGCGCAGAGCUAUCAAGGUCCUAAGCUGGCUUUUUGUUUGCGCGGUCGUUGCCAAUUUCAUUAUCGCCUACAACUGGAACUUAAAGGCAAUACUUUUCCUCACCAAUCCUGAACUGUUACGUCACCAGUACGCUGGUGAACCCUCUUUUAACUUGUUGUAUAUGGCUCCAUGGGGCAGUUUACCUUCCUCACUGAUCGGACUCAUUGCAGCCUUCCUUCUUUACUAUUGGCAGCAGGUCAAUUUCAAGCCAGAAGAGAGUUUGAUCAUCCGUAUUCUGUAUCGAUGCUCCGUGCCAUCCAUUUUUAUUUGGAUCCUGUCAGGUUACUUUGUAAACAACACCAGUUCGCCGUUCGUCCUUGCUGCGUACGCAGCCCUGGACCGACCAGUAUUCUGCCUAAUUACCGUCGUAGCUAUGCUCGGAUUUAUAAACAAAGUCGACAGUCUAUGGUGGCAGUUUCUGUCGUGGAAUGGCUGGCGACCAAUCAGUCGCAUGUCGUUACCCGUUCUGCUCGUGCAUUGGAGCUAUAAUCUUACACAAAUUGCUGUGAGGACGAACCUUACACGAAGCUCUAUAUUCGAAAUUGAUGGACACUAUUUCGUGACUGUAUUCAUGACUUAUGUAACAUCCCUGCCGCUGCAUCUUCUCAUCGAGUUGCCCAUGAUGCAGUUCUACAAGGCGCUUUUUUCUUAA